UGUAACCAUGAGGGCUUACUUCAGCACCCUUGCUAAGAUAGGGGAGCAGGCCUUCCACACCAUGUCGUCUCGCUCUAUUGGAGAUGUCCUGAUUCAGAUUUCAGAGAACCAGAGGCGACUCACCGCUGAACUGGAAGCAAUAUUCCGCUGGUUCCACUCUGAGGUGCUGCAGGAGAUGGACAACAAUGUCAAACUGGAUAAGGACUACAUAGCAGGCAGCAGGAGGCGAUAUGAGAUGGAGGUACGGACCCAGGCCACAUCUUUGGAGAGGCAGCUGAGGGGAGGGGCUUACCAGGAUGAGUACAUUCACUUCCUGAGGGAUAGUCAGCGCGAGGCUCUGAUGGAGGAGGAAAGGAGAUACCGUUUCCUGGCUGAGAAACACUGUGGCCUCACUCAGUCCGUCAUCUAUCUCAUGAACAAGACAGGGGCAGGGGGAGGCCUACAGCAGAUAGCUGAUGGAUGGAGAGACCAGGUCAACGCCACCAGAGGACCUGGAUCCCAGAACCCCUCUCGCCUGGACCAGGACAACACGUCCAGAAUGAGGGAGGAGGACAGGGGGAGCCAAUGGUCAGGCAAAGAGGAGCAGCCUCUGGGAAGAGUGCCCUCCAGAGGCCCAUCACCCCAAAACACCCGUUCCCGCUCCAGCCUCAAUGGGGAGUCCCUAGGUCUGGGUGGAGGUGGAGGAGGGAGACCUAUGAGAGCUCUGGUGUCCCACCCCGCUAACUCCAACAGCCCCACCCUGCUGCCCUUCUCCCGAGGGGAGGUGGUGAGUGUGCUGGUGCAGGAUCCCCGUAACGGCUGGCUCUACGGCCGGGCAGAGAACAGCUCACGUCAGGGCUGGUUCCCAGCUGCUUAUGUGGGGCCACUGGAGGAGACCCCUAGAUCAACUGGCUCCAGUAGCUCCACCCUUAGGAGCGCCCACAGUAUGGACAACCUGCUAGACCAAUCAGGAGGCAGCAGCCACGGCAGACCCCCGCCCCCGCCUCCACCCAAUAGACAGACAGAGAUGCGUCCAAUCACACCCAUCAUGGAGAGAAGGGCGGAGUCUCACUCUGACAACAAGAGAGGAGAGCGCCAUGGUGGACCUGUGCCAAACCUCUUCCCAAAGGGCACUAACCCUUUCGCCACUGUCAAGCUGAAGCCCACAUCCACAGAUGACCGAUCUGCUCCACGGCUCCGUCGGUGAAGAGGUCACGCCCUUGAGAGAGGUACUGGGCGCGUUCCAGGUUGACUACAUUUCAGUCGUUGGAUUGCAUCAAAAAAAUGGUUUCAUGCCACUUUAUUGACUGUGCAGUCGACUGCUAUAUCAUAUGAUUCACUGAUCUGUUAAAUAAAUAUUUAUCCAGGUGGGUCUGAAAUGUAGUCAUCCUAAAACGCGUCCACUACCAUGCAGCAGGGAUUUUAGGGUUGAUGCCCUAAAACUGCCCCAAAUCUUCCCAAAUUGUUGAAAACUGUCUUAAAACUGCCCAAAACUUUCCCUAAGCAGCCCUUAAUACCAAUCUUGUAUUUAUAUCCAUAUUAUGGAGUUUAUCGGAUGACUACAGUGAUAAAGGAACUUCAGAGGGCAGUGUAAGAUGACAGAAACCCUAAUAGAUGCUUGGUGCACUGAUUGACCUGAAAAGUGCAUUAAUAUUUUUUUUUUCGUUAGCGAGACAAAUCUUUGAGAGCGCUCAUUUAUGCACUUUUCUUCAGAAUCAGGGAUAUACAUGUCAGGUACAGGAAAUGUCAUGGUAGAGGGAGUUGUUUUUAUCAAAGCCUUUUGAAUUGUUGUCUUCAAGUAGCUCUUUUAUUUAGCUUUGCUUGUACAGUGACAAUAUGGCAGUUUAAACCAAUACAUAACUUUGAUGCUAAACUACAGUGAACCACAGUGAGCUAAUAUUUAUCUUAGCAAUGCCAUGUAGAUAGAUUGUUAUGACAAGUGAGUUUGAGCUAAUAACUUAACAGUGCUGUUUUGUCCAGUGCCUUUAGUAAAUGUACGAUAUGAUGUGUAUGUGUUUGUUUGUUCAUGCAGGCAGUAGGGUGGACUACUACUGUAGUGAAGAACCCGGGGUUGUCAAUUCUAAUCCACCAAUGGGGAUACUUAACCUAAAUUACCCUUUCGUGUGUACCCAGCUAUGUAAAUGGCUGACGUGAGAGUGUUGAGCUAAUGUUAUAGCUGUAACUGAAUGAAUAAUUUUGACUUUACUGCUAGAAUAAAAACAUGUUUUCAAAUUCCUUUAAA